AUGAUAUACACUUCCAAACCAAUCCACAACGGCUCUAAUAAUCUAUUUGAAAGAGAAGGAACACUAGAGGACGUACUGCUAUCACUCCUACUAGAAGCACCCCAUAUCGGCUCACUCUCGAAUCAGGAGGAGCACAAAAAGAUGCGAAGACGCCUACAGCCCGGUUUUACAUCAAACGCACUCUUUGAACAGGAAGCCCUGCUGCGCAUGCAUGUGGAACGCCUCAUGCUUACGUUCGCGCGAAAUCCCGGCGUGAGCAAUUUGACUGAAGCUUUUGCCAAGUUUCUCUGGGCGUUUGUUAGUGACCUUUCAUUCGGCGAACCUCUGAAUCCUGAGAAGAAAGAUACGCUGCAAUCGAUGGUUGAACUGUACCACAGUUGCUUUCCCCUGCUGGAAGCUAUCAAUUAUGUCUUACCACAAUUCCAACAAGUGUUUAGGCUGAUUUUCCACAUGAUACCGUCAGCUAAUCUGCGCGCGGUAUUGCCCAGCGUCACACUUAGAGAUUGCAUUAACCGACAGGAUGGCCGAUCCGAUCUCAUCACGCAUAUUAUGGGCCAUAAGUGCCGCAAUCCUACCGAACUGGAGUUGAGGCAUGGCGAACUGCAUCGUGACGCCACUUUCAUUAUGCUCGCCGCCUACAAGUUGACCGAGACAACUCUAUCGGCAUUAUUCAACCGACUUCUCUCAACUCCAGGAGUGCUCCGGAGACUCAAAAGCGAGCUCUACCGCAACUUCCAUACUAUUGAUGAGAUCACGGGGAAGAAACUGCUGUCACUGCCAUAUUUAGAUGGAUGUGUUUACGAGACACUUCGGCUAACCCCCGCAGUGGCGGGCAAGGUACUGUCCCGUCGUUCCCCCGGAGUGAUGAUGGAAGGCAUCUACGUCCCAGCUGGAACAGAAGUAUAUACGGAUACGUACACCAUGCAGCGAAGCCCCCAGUACUGGCAUGCCCCAGAUGAGUUCCGUCCAGAGCGUUGGUUCGAACGUAGUGAGGGCAGUCCGUAUGCUCGGGACGUGCAUGAGGCCUUCAAGCCGUUCAGUUCGGGCCCGAGGGCUUGCUUGGGGAAGGGACUGGCCCUUCAGAUUCUUCGAUUGACUGCGGCUUUGAUUGUGUAUCGCUUUGAACUGAGCAUGGCCGAUGCGGAUGGGUUUGUGUGGGAGGAGGAUAUUGAGUCGAGCAUUUCGUACUCGAAAUAUCAGGUUAAAGCUACUGUGCAGGAGCGUGGCUGA